GCGAGCGAGCGCGCGGCCGAGCUCAGCCAGGCUCGGCGGCUGCCGCCCCGCUCGCUGCACCCCGCGCCCCCGGAACCUGCCCGCCCGCCCGCCAUGCUGCGCCCUCGCCCCGCGCCCCCCGCUUCGGCCGCCCUGCUGCUGCUGCUGCUGGCCGGGCUGCUGCUGCUGCGCGGCGGCGGGGUUUGGGCCGCGCGAGUGAACAAGCACAAGCCGUGGCUGGAGCCCACCUACCACGGCAUCGUCACCGAGAACGACAAUGCGGUGCUGCUGGACCCUCCGCUCAUUGCCCUGGACAAGGACGCGCCCCUGCGCUACUCGGAGAGUUUUGAGGUGACAGUCACCAAAGAAGGUGAGAUUUGUGGGUUUAAAAUCCACGGGCAGAACGUCCCCUUCGACGCUGUGGUGGUGGACAAGUCCACGGGAGAGGGCCUGAUCCGCUCCCGGGAGAAGCUGGACUGCGAGCUGCAAAAGGACUAUUCCUUCACCCUCCAGGCCUACGACUGUGGCCAGGGCCCCGAUGGCACGGGGGCCAAGAAGUCGCAUAAGGCCGCUGUGCACAUCCAGGUGAAUGACGUGAAUGAGUUCGGGCCUGUGUUCAAGGAAAAGUCGUACAAGGCCACAGUGGUGGAAGGCCGGCAGUAUGAGCGCAUCCUGCGGGUGGAGGCCCUGGACGCCGACUGCUCGCCGCAGUUCAGCCAGAUCUGCAGCUACGAGAUCGUCACACCCGACGUGCCCUUCGCCGUGGACAAGGAUGGCUACAUCAGUAACACGGAGAAGCUCAACCACGGGAAGGAGCAGCAGUACAAGCUGAUGGUCACGGCCUACGACUGCGGGAAGAAACGCGCCGCCGAGGACGUGCUGGUCAAGAUCAGUGUCCGGCCCACCUGCACACCCGGCUGGCAAGGAUGGAACAGCAGGAUCGAGUAUGAACCCGGCACCGGCUCCCUGACCCUCUUUCCCAACCUCCGCCUGGAGACGUGCGACGGGGCCGUGGCAGCUGUGCAGGCCACACUGGAGCUGGAGACAGGCCACAUCGGCAAGGGCUGUGACCGGGACACCUACUCGGAGAAGGCCCUGCACCGCCUCUGCGGUGCUGUCUCCGGCACCACCGAGCUGCUGCCUGCGCCCAGCAGUGCCGCCAACUGGACGGCUGGCCUCCCCACUGACAAUGGCCACGACAGCGACCAAGUGUUCGAGUUCAACGGCACGCAGGCCGUGCGCAUCCCGGCUGGCGUGGUGGCUGUGUCCCCUGAGGAGCCCUUCACUCUGUCUGUGUGGAUGCGGCACGGGCCGCUGGGCCGCAGGAAGGAGACGGUUCUCUGUAGCUCCGACCGCACGGACAUGAACCGGCACCAUUACUCGUUGUCUGUUCACGGCUGCCGCCUCAUCUUCCUCCUGCGCCAGGAGCCAUCGUCGGAGAAGAAGUACAGGCCCGCGGAAUUCCACUGGAAGCUUGACCAGGUGUGUGACGAGGAGUGGCACCACUACGUCCUCAACGUGGAGCUCCCCAGCGUCACUCUCUUCGUGGACGGGUCGCCCCAUGAGCCCUUCUCCGUGGCCGAAGAUCGUCCGCUGCACCCGUCCAAGAUCGAGACGCAGCUGGUGGUUGGGGCUUGCUGGCAAGAGGACUCGGGCCUUGAGAGCGAGAAUGACACGGAGUCCUGGCCUCCGGGCCCCCCAGGCGCCGACCUGCGCCUGACGCAGUUCUUCCGAGGGGACCUGGCGGGCCUGACGCUGCGGCCGGGGAAGCUGGCUGACAAGAAUGUCAUCGACUGUCUGUACACCUGCAAGGAGGGGCUGGACCUGCAGCUCCCCGAGGAUGCCAGCCGAGGGGUGAAGGUUCAGCUCAGCCACAGCCACGCGGUGCUGACAGUGGAAACCGAAUCUGUCGGGGACCUGGAGAAGGCCCUGCAGCGCGCCGUCUACCUCAACUCCCGCCAGUUCCCCACGCCCGGCACCCGCAGGCUGCGCCUCUCCAGCAGCGCCCAGUGCUUCAAUGAGGCGGCCUGCGUGUCCAUCCCCCCGGUGGAAGCCGCCGUGAUGGUGCUGCAGCCCGAGGAGCCCAAGAUCAGCCUCAGCGGCGUCCACCACUUCGCACGAGCAGCCUCAGAGUUUGAGAGCUUGGAGGGCGUCUUCCUCUUCCCUGAGCUGCACAUCAUCAGCACCAUUACGAGGGAGGUGGAGCCUGACAGUGACGGUGGUGAGGACCCCACAGUGCAAGAGUCGCUGGUGUCCGAGGAGAUCGUGCAUGACCUGGACGCCUGCACGGUGACGGUGCAGGGGGAGGAGCUGAACUCCGAGCAUGAAAGUCUGGAGGUGGAUGCGGCCCCCCUGCAGCAGCGGGGCAUUGAUUUGAGCCGCUCUGGCCUGGGUGUCGUCUUUACGGGCGUGGACACCAUGGCCAGCUACGAGCAGAUUCUGCGGCUGCUCCGCUACCGGAACUGGCACACCCGGGCCUUGCUCGACCGCAAGUUCAAGCUCGUCUGUUCAGAGCUCAACGGGCGCUAUGUCAGCAACGAGUUUCAGGUGGAGGUGAAUGUCAUCCACACGGCUGAGCCCGUGGACCAUGCCAGCCAUAUGGCUGCACAGCCACAGUUCGUCCACCCCGAGCACCACGCCUUCAUCGACCUCUCGGGCCACAACCUGGCCAGCCCACACCCCUUCGCAGUGGUCCCCAGCACGGCCACCGUGGUCAUCGUGGUGUGCGUCAGCUUCCUGGUCUUCAUGAUCAUCCUGGGCGUGUUCCGUAUCCGGGCGGCACACCAGCGCACCGUGAGGGACCAGGACGGGGGCAAGGAGAGCGAGAUGGACUGGGACGACUCAGCCCUGACCAUCACCGUGAACCCCAUGGAGACCUACGAGGACCAGCACAGCAGUGAGGAGGAAGAGGAGGAAGAGGAGGAGGAGAGCGAGGAGGGGGAAGAGGAGGAGGACAUCACCAGCGCCGAGUCUGAGAGCAGUGAGGAAGAGGAAGGCGGAGGCCGAGAGCAGCCGCGUGGGGACCGCGGGGACCGGCGGCAGCAGCUGGAGUGGGACGACUCCACCCUCAGCUACUGAGCCUGGCCGGUGCCCGUACAGUCUCCCCCCAGGCCGCCACGGCCUCCGGACAGCCCCACAGAGCCCCGCUCCCUGCUCCCCACAUACCCCCGUGCUUGGCGUGUAGGACCUUAGGCCCCCCCACCCGCCUGCCCUCCCUCCCUUCCUCCCGCAUCACUAAGUUCUGGGCCCCUGGCCCCGCCGCGAUCUCGGGGACCAAGGGUCAGAUUCGCACUCUCCUACCUGAUGAUGAACCUGUUUCUUUCUUUUUUUUUUUAAAAAAAAAGUUUUUAUUUUUUCCAAACUAGUGCAUGUAUAAAAUGGCAUAACGGGGGUUAAUGUGUAGAUGACACUUUUUAAUAUUUUGUAAAUAAAUUGGGAUUCCUCGUGUCCUUUG